GAGAAAGAAAAAAAAGAAAAAGAAAUCUGGGAAUCCGAGGGGUUGGCCUGAGCGGCGAUAGGAGAGCGGACCGGACCUGCUGCUGGGAAUCCUGUGUUCUUUCAGUCCGGUGGCCCUGUGCAACUACCACCAUGGAGAUGUCGCUUCGUUUCGAGGCCACCUGUUUGCUGUGCUGCAGUUUCCUGCUCCUCAUCACUUCUUCAGAUGGUCGCACUGGGCUUGGAAAGGGCUUUGGAGAUCAUAUUCACUGGAGGACGUUAGAAGAUGGGAAGAAAGAAGCAGCUGCAAGUGGCUUGCCGCUGAUGGUGAUCAUCCAUAAAUCUUGGUGUGGAGCUUGCAAAGCUUUAAAACCCAAAUUUGCAGAAUCUACAGAAAUUUCAGAACUGUCCCAUAACUUUGUUAUGGUAAAUCUGGAGGAUGAAGAGGAACCCAAGGAUGAAGAUUUCAGCCCUGAUGGGGGUUAUAUUCCACGCAUCCUUUUCUUGGAUCCCAGUGGCAAGGUGCGUCCUGAGAUCAUCAAUGAGGGCGGAAACCCCAGCUACAAAUAUUUCUACGCCAGUGCCGAGCAAGUUGUUCAGGGCAUGAAGGAAGCUCAGGAGAGGCUGACAGGUGACGCCUUCAGAGAGAAACACCUUCAAGAUGAGCUGUGACAUGAAGGAGUGUUCUGGAAGAAAAGCAGCAGGAAUCCUGAGGAAUCACCCAGAACAGUUGAACCACCAGGAAACCGAGCUUCUACCUACACUGGCAGGAGCUCUCACUGUGGAAGAGGCUUGCUGCUGAAGCGGGUCCGUGCGUCCAGCAGCAUGGCCAUGUCUUCUGCUCCCUCUCUCCUAAAUAGCCAUUCCUUUGAAUGUAAAGGAUGAAACUGGUACAAAACUUGAGCCACUUGGAGAUUUGCUCCACGUCAGUAUUUGCCUCCUCGCCCGUUCCCUCCUGCUGUGCUCAUGCUGAAGUGCACGGAGAUGGGAAGUAGCUUUUCUAUAGUGUUUUUUAAGACGUCAUUCUCCUUUUCUCUUGGUGAUCAUCCUGGGCUUCUUCCUCAACUCCUGUGGCCUUCCUUCUCUGUGCAGGCCUCCCUGCUCGCACGAAUGUGUGUCACGAUCGGCCGUGUGCUGGGACUCAGCCCCAGCUGGAAGCAUGCUUUCCCCGUUGCUGUUAGAGAAACCCAAACCUUCAAGCCCUGAGUGGAGCCAUUUUGUCAAUUCAUCAACUGUAUUUUUGUACUGGGGUUAAAACAAAAAGAAAAGAUAAGAUAUUAAUUAUUUCACUAAGCUUUAAUAAAACUUUAAACAGAAA